UAAACAUGGCUGUAGACUUAAUGACCAGUGGUUACAGAACCGAUAAUUUUUCAUCAAAAAUGGAGGAAACCGCCGUACAAGAAGCUGCGACCGCCGGACUUCAAAGCGUUGAGAAAUUAAUCCGAUUGUUGUCUCAAUCUCAUCAAAAUCAACAUCAACAAAAACCGAAUUUUCAAGAUUCGUCAUCUUCUUCUUUGGGUAAAUCCUCUGUUUCUCCAGAUUAUCAAGCUGUAGCUGAUGCUGCUGUAAACAAAUUCAAAAAGUUCAUUUCUUUACUUGAUAAAAACAGAACUGGUCAUGCUAGAUUCCGCCGAGGCCCAAUUAGUUCUCCUUCUCCUCCUCUUCCAUCAAAACCCCAACAAUUACAACAACUCAUUAAGAAUCAAAACCCCCAAAUUGAAGAAAUCGAAAAGCCCCAAACUUCAAAUACCAAAAUCUACUGUCCGACCCCAAUUCAAAGGUUGCCUCCGUUACCUCAUAACCAUCUUCAAUUAGUGAAAAAUGGGUCGAUUGAGAGGAAAGAAGCAUCAACUACCAUCAAUUUUGCUUCUCCGUCGCCGGCGACUUCGUUUAUGUCAUCGUUAACAGGGGAAACAGAGAGCUUACAGCAGUCUUUAUCUUCUGGGUUUCAAAUAACAAAUCUUUCUCAGGUUUCAUCCGCCGGCCGGCCACCUCUUUCUACUUCUUCAUUCAAAAGAAAGUGUAGUUCCAUGGACGAUACUGCUCUCAAGUGCAGCAGCGCCGGUGGGUCCUCCGGACGUUGCCACUGCCCAAAGAAAAGAAAAUCAAGAGUCAAAAGAGUAGUAAGAGUCCCUGCUAUUAGCAUGAAAAUGGCUGAUAUUCCACCUGAUGAUUAUUCAUGGAGAAAAUAUGGUCAAAAACCCAUCAAGGGUUCUCCUCAUCCUAGAGGAUAUUACAAAUGUAGCAGCGUACGAGGAUGUCCAGCAAGAAAACAUGUAGAAAGAGCAUUAGAUGAUCCAGCGAUGUUGAUUGUUACAUAUGAAGGAGAACACAAUCAUUCCCAUUCCAUUACAGAAACACCAGGAGCUCAUGUUCUUGAAUCUUCUUAAAUUUUAAUGAUAAUCAACGGCUCAGAUCUUCUUUAGAAACAUGAAGAGUAAAUCAGCACCGUCGAUCUAA